AUGUUUGAGCCCGAUUUCGAGGGCCGGGUUGAACUUAUUGCGGUUGAGCUGAAGAAGGGCUUCAACCUUGAAAUUCUUAGCAACUUCCGCGUACCGUCGCGUGCGGUGCUGGAUGCCCCGGUGCCGGGAGACGCAAGAGGUAUCCUUGCGGAUUUGGGGAAGUUUGAGAAACGCAUCCCAAAAAAGACUGUGGAGAAGAAAACGGUGGGAAUAAUCAUUGAUGCUCUUUGUGUUGCAGAAUCCAGAGAUGCAGGGUAUUCUUUCUUUGACUUCCCUUCGUCUCCUCUGCAUACCGCUGCUGCGGGUGCGGGGGUAUCGAAGGAGACUGUCGUGCCCAAGGAGCCUACGGCCCCUUAUGUUGGGCCGGUUCGCGAUCCCCUCUUGGAGAAAACGGUGGAAACGACUGCUGACCGGAUAUUCGACACUAUUGUUGAGGCUAUUAUGAAUGCCCCUAAGACCGCGGCUGGUUUGGAUCUGGUCAGGGAUCGCGCGCGUGAUGCUGGCUUUAAAGCUGGGUUCAAACCGGAGAAUUCUGAAAAUACAUCCACAAAGCAACAGGAAGCUUCAACAUCCAUGAAACAAAGUCCUCCAAUCAUUGAGGACUGUGAUACAUCGGAUGAUGAACCAGAAGUGGAUGUGAGUGAACAGGAUAACUCACUUAACAAGAUGAAAGGAGUUGUCAUUCCCAUUGAGAAUCACAUCCUGUGUGAUCCUGACACUCAUGCCGUUUCAUCAGUCGAGAAACAAGUGAUAGAUCCUGUCAAGGUUGAAAAGAAGGAGGUGUCUACUGUUAAAAGCAGAUCCCCAUCUUCUUCAUCAACUCAUGAUCAUAAUCAUAAUCAUAAUCAGGAUUAUAGAUAUGAUGUAUUUUUAAGUUUUAGAGGUGCUGACACGCGUAAUAGGUUCACUGAUCACCUCUACAAUGCCCUUGUGGAUGCUGAUAUCAACACGUUUCUGGAUGAUGAAGAGAUCGAAACUGGAGAACCACUGAAACGGGAAUUGGAGAGUGCGAUUAAAUCAUCUAGGGCUUCUAUAAUCGUGUUGUCCAAGAAUUAUGCUUUUUCCACUUGGUGCCUUGAUGAACUGGUAUCAAUCCUUGAGCAAAAGCGGAACUUUAACCAAGUUGUUAUCCCUGUUUUCUAUGAUGUCGAACCAACCAAUGUCAGGAAGCAACAAAGCAGCUUCGGGGAAGCAAUGGCGAAGCAUAGACAAAGGAUGGAGGCUGAAACAAAUGCUGAGAAAAGAUGUCAAUGGGGUCAAAAGAUGGAGUUAUGGAAAAGAGCACUCACACAAGUUGCUGAUCUAAAAGGGAAAGAUGCAAAGGACAGGAAAGAGUCCGAGUUGAUUGAAGAAAUCGUAACCGACAUCCACCGUAGAUUAGGUGUACCGUUAAGUAACACCCUGCCACACCUAAUUGGGAUGGACCAUUACAUUAAGUUCAUUAGUUCAUGGUUGACCGAUGGAACUUCUCAUACUACCAACAUUCUCACAAUUGUAGGCAUGGGAGGGAUUGGUAAGACAUCUUUGGCCAAAUAUGUUUUCCAUUUACACUCUAUGCAUUUCCAAACAAGCAGCUUUAUUGAAGGUAUCAACAUAAGAUGUAAUGAACAGUUUAAUGGAUUACCUGAUUUACAAAGGCAACUAUAUAGAGACAUUUCAAAAAAAAAUUUGUUACAAGUUAAUGAUGUCUCUAUGUACACCUUUAAGAUUAAGGAUGUGCUAGCCCGUAAAAUGGUGUUCAUAGUGCUUGAUGAUAUAGAUAGUCUCGAGCAGUUGGAUGCUUUACUUGGAAACAAAGGUUUACAUCCAGAAAGCAAAGUCCUAAUUACAACCAAGGAUGCAUCUUUAACAGAAAGGUGUGCAUUAUUUGACUUACGAGUUCAACCGAAACAUACCAAGGUCAUACUUAAUGGCCUACGUGAGUCUGAAUCACUAGAGCUUUUAUGCAUUCAUGCAUUCAAAAGCCAAAAGCCCAAAGAAGGCUACAAAGAGGUUUCAGAAAAGCUAGUGAAGUAUUGUGAAGGACAUCCAUUGGCUCUUGAAGUUUUGGGCAAGUCUCUUCGUAAACGUGACAAUGUAGAUGAAUGGCAGUAUUACAUAGAAGGGCUUAAAAAAGAACCUCAUUCCCGUAUAAAAAAGGCAUUGCAGAUGAGCAUUGACUCUUUGCCAUUUGAAAAUGAUAAGGAGCUGCUUAAGCAUAUUGCUUGUUUUUUUGUGGGAGCAGAUAGAGAUUUGGCUGAAACCAUAUUAAAUGCAUGUGAUAUGAACGCAAGAUCCGGGAUUACAAACCUCAUUGACAAAUGCCUUCUUAGUAUCAAACCAAAUAAUAUGUUGAUGAUGCAUCAAUUAGUUCAAGAGAUGGGAAGAGAUUUAGUACGUGAAGAAUCACCUCACAAGCCAUGGAAGCGAAGUCGAUUAUGGCGUGAUGAGGAGUCAUAUAAAGUGUUGAAACAAAAAAAAGGUCUGAGCCUUGACAUGAGAAGGCUUAACAAAAAGAAGUUACAUGAGCUGAAAACAGACUCAUUGAGAAAGAUGGAUAAUCUAAUGCUACUACAACUCAAUUAUGUGAAAUUAAAUGGGAGCUUCCAAAAAUUUCCAGAAGAUUUAAGAUGGCUUUGUAUGCAUGGGUUCCCUUUAAAGUUUAUACCUUCAAACUUGCCGAUGGAGAAUCUGGUUGUUCUCAACUUGUCAUAUAGCAAUAUUGAAUCAUUUGGCAUGCAUCAGAGUAACCCACAACAACUUGAAAGUAACAAAAAGGAUUUGGUGGAAUCAUGCUCAAACGACACACCAUUGCUUGGAUCGUUGAAGAUUCUUGACCUAAGUUUCUGUAAACAACUUCUUGGUUUGGGUGGUUUUUUCGAUCUCCCUGCACUUGAGAAGUUAAUAGUUAGAAACUGUACCAGUUUGAUUGAGGUGUGUGAAUCAGUUGAGGAAUGUAUUGAACUUGUCUACAUUGAUCUUAGUUACUGCUACAAUCUUAAAAAGCUUCCCAUAUCCCUAGGCAAGUUAAAGAAGGUUAAAACACUAUUGUUAGAUGGUUGUAAUUCCAACGAAUCUCGAAUCAAGAUGUGGGAUAUGAAAUCAUCAGAUAUUAGCAUAAUCUCAGAAACCCCUUUGUCAGUUAUGGAGUCCAUACCAAGUGAUUUGAAGUUCUUUGCAACUUCUUUGCCGAGUUCCUUAAUAAUCUUGUCACUUGCCGGUACUAAUCUGUCUGACGAAUCCUUUCCCAUGGACUUCAGUUGCCUAUCCAUGCUAAAGGAAUUACGUCUAGAUAAUAAUCCAAUUGUUUCAAUGCUCCAUAUUGUGAGAAGCCUUCCUAGGCUCGAGAAACUUAGUAUGGAAAACUGUGAACGGCUGAUAUCAAUUGCGCAUCCUCCAUGUACACUAAAAGUAUUAUCAAUCAAAUCAUAUAGCAGUUCCUUAACAGAUUAUAAGAAUUCAUUAAGGAAAAUUAUAUUUGACCCAGAAAUGUCCCCACUCAACUUAUUAGGAGCUUCAAAAUUAUUAUCACCGACGUCAUUUGAAAUUGAUGGCAUGAUCAAAAUCCAACCUAUGGCAGGUGUUGAGAAAAAUCUAUUACAUAGAUUGGGCUGGAAAAAUUUAGAGUUCACUAGAGAAAGGCGUUUGGGGACAUACACCACUAGAGGAUCAGAAGGAUCUCAAACCCAGAUGUAUUAUGAAUUUGGAAUAUUCAGCACAUUUUUUGAGGGGAAAGAAAUGCCGAAUUGGAUUAGGCGUAGAAGCAAGGGCCCAUCAAUAUCCUUUACCAUCCCAUCGUCUCCUAAGAAGGUCCAUGGUUUGAAUUUUUGUUCUGUGCUGACGCUUCUAUCUUUGUAUAGAACUCGGUUUUUUGUGUUGCCAAAGAUCAAAAUCAGUAAUAUUACAAAAAACCGCACCUGGAUUUAUGAUCAUUAUAUUGAAAGAGUCAAGUUAGAUGGAAAGUGUUUAACUUUGUUAAGCCAUUGGAUGUUUGGGCCGGAUGAGAUGAAAGGUGGUGACCAGAUUGCUAUUACUGUAAUAAGUCAAUCUGAUUAUCAACUUAUAAAGAGUUGUGGGGUGAGGCUUGUGUAUGAUGAUGAAACCAUUGAGGAAGAAGAUGUCUUGGGUUAUUACAAGUCAUGGAAUCACAUCAUUGGUGGAGAUCUCUCUAGUUUUCAAUUAACCACAGGAGAAUACAUCCUAGAUAACUUGCAAUACAUGCAGGAUACCAAUAAAUCAUAUUCGUGCUAUCCUCCUUUUACAAAUGAUGAUCCCAGUUACAAAGAAGACAGAGUCUGGUUUAAAGCUUUCUCCCAAAAGAGAGCCAAAGGUUUAACAGGAAGCGGAAGGAGUUGUGAUCAAGAUGGGAACCGGGUUUGUGGAAACAAAGGAAAAUCGGUGGAAACCGAUUAUGGUGAGGAUGAUAUUGUUCGUAGUGGAAAGUGCGGCCGGGUGGCGGAAGAGGAUGAGUACGCGCAGGGGAAGCCAACCAUGCGAACCGGGAAAUCACCAACGAAGAAGUUUCCAUAG